AUGAACGCAGACAGGAGCCGUUCCCGUAGGGAACGCACCUUCGUAGGCAGUGAAUGUGCUGUUUGUGAAGAACCGCUCGAGCACACUCUCCGCGGCGAGCGCAUAUUACAGUUUUCGUGUGGACACGUUUCCCACGAGGCUUGCUUUUACGAGUUCAUCCGCGAGUUUGAGUCACAAUACUGCCCAACAUGCAACGCGCCGCUCCAUCUAGACACAACCCGCGGUGGCAACGUUCUUGACAUCGAAAAAAUCAGCAAUAUGAUGAGAUCGGUGUCUGUGAAUGACAGCCGGUCUGUCAGCACUCCCACACCUACGCCUGGUUGGGACGACCAAAGCACACGUCCGCCUAGCCGGAGCUCUAACCAGCGGCACAACGGGGGCAUGAGCACGGCCAGCGCUGGUAUAAGCAUGAAUCAUCAUACGAGCACUCGCGACAGCUCGACCGGAGGUAGUUACCGUGAUAAUCGCGAACCACCAUCUGCGGAUCGCUUUACCGCCAACUCGAGACAUACGCGCAGCGACAGCGAGGCCACCGGGAUUGCCUCAUCUGGUGGAUAUCCCGAGACGACGCAGAGCGGCGGCCCUCGCCGAGUCCACGACUAUGAUGUGCAGGCCAUGGAAACAACACUGACCAGUCCACGGGUGGUGACUCGGAACCCCAUCCCGGCGCCAACAGUCACAGUCCGCUCCGAGUUUCCCACAAUCAACCGUUCUCGCCAACAACAGACCCUCACCUGUCUCGUGACCAUAGAGGUCCCCGACUGCAAAUGGCGCGCGGAUCCAGACGACCUGCAGACAGGCGCGACUCCCACACAACAGCAGCCGGCACCGGGACCACGGCCUCGUAACGGCGAGGAUGGCCGCGGAAUUGCAUCACCUGUCCCCAGUGCCCCUCACUUUUACCCGUACGAAUCCCCAGAGGUUCUCGAGGAAAUGACAGAAAAUCUUCGAGGGCGUGUCGAUAACUGGCACGGGCUCGAUUUCAGCCGCUUUGGUAAAUUGCGGCUUUACGGCACUCUGCGUGUUGGCAAGGACAAGGUCUCGUGGCAGGAGCUAGAGUGCUUCUUGUUUGCCGAGAUGCUCAUCUGCGUCAAGGAGAAGAAAAGUGCGGCGGUCGCGGCGCUUGCUGCCCAGCAGCACUCGCGAUGGGACAACGGGGCCAACGGUCAACCACGCAAGACGACACGCUGCACUUUGAAGGGAUCCAUUCUGAUCAAGAAACACCUAAACGAAGUGAUGGAGACAGGGGCGAUGGACGAAAACGUUCUGACGCUGAGCUUGUCUGUGGCGGAAUUGCCCCAGUUCCAUCUACGGUUCGACAACCGCAAUCAGCUGAAACUAUGGCACCAAGCAUUGUUGGACCUGAAUGCCAUCGAACCGACGCCGUUGCGUAGUCCUGAUUAUGACCGUGGCGACCUCUCGGAGCCAGAAGAGGACGAGUGGCAGCAGCAGCAACAGCAGCGUACACCAGGCAGCGGAAAGACGCAGCAUGGCUCGUCUCUGGCGUCAUCCUGGGGCGGGGGCAAGUCGGUUACGACAGCCCCGACUGAGUACACCAGCUACGCCAAGAGCGCUGCACCACCAAUCAGUUCGCUCCAUGUGCCUAUCGAUGUGGUGGUGGUGGUUCCCAUUUCUUCUUCGAUGCAGGGCGUCAAGAUCAAUCUGGUGCGCGACGCGUUGCGAUUCAUGGUCCACACGCUUGGCGAGCGUGAUCGGAUGGGUCUCGUGACGUUCGGAUCUGGCGGCGGCGGUGUGCCUGUGGUUGGUAUGACGACGAAGUCGUGGCCAGGCUGGAGCGGCGUGCUCUCAUCGAUCAAGCCAGUGGGCCAGAAGAGUCACCGGGCGGAUGUGGUUGAAGGCGCCAAUGUUGCCAUGGACUUGCUGAUGCAGCGGAAGUACAACAACCCGAUUGCGACAAUCAUGCUCAUCAGCGACGCCUCGACGUCUGAUGCUGACAGCGUCGACUUCGUUGUGUCGCGUGCUGAAGCAGCCAAGAUUACAAUCCAUUCGUUUGGACUGGGCAUGACGCACAAGCCAGACACGAUGAUCGAGCUGUCGACGCGGACAAAAGCGUCCUAUACCUACGUCAAGGACUGGAUGAUGCUGCGGGAAUGUCUUGCCGGCUGCCUGGGCUCGAUGCAGACGCUGUCGCACCAGAACGUCAAGCUCAAGCUGAAGCUGCCCGAAGGGUCUCCGGCAAAGUUCCACAAGAUCAGUGGCGCUCUGCAGAUUACGAAACGUGCCACCGGACGAGAUGCCGAAGCAUCACUGGGCGACUUGCGCUUUGGCGAUAAGCGCGACAUUCUCGUGCAGCUGGUGAUAUUGCCAGACAACGCAUCACAAGAGCAGCUGCCCCAAGACCCGUGGGAGACGAUCGUGUCAGGACUGGAGGCGCUUGGCGGGCCGAUGGACCAGGACGAGCAGCGGGUGGUGUCGAUCGAAGAGGUACCGCUGAUUCAAGCCGACCUGAGCUGGGGCGAUAUCCUGCGCGAUGGCACGGUAGUGCAUAUGCCGCGGCCAUCCUUGUUGGCGAUCACCAUGUUGCCGGCGCUCAGUCAACAGAAGUCACGGUCGUGGCAGAAUACGCCACCGAUCCCACCGCAUCCGAGCAUCGUUCAACGACGGAUGGAGCUGUUGACAUCAGACAUGCUGACGCGAGCGUUGACUCUGGUCAGCCGUGGCCAGCAUGAGCGCGCCCACACGCUCCUUCACGAGACCCGAUCGAUCCUGAAGGGCCUCGGAAAGGGCGGCCUGCCACCGGUGCCACCUUUGCCGGGCAACGGCAAGGCAUCGUCGCCAUCAGUUCCAUCAACACCACACCCGGGCACUGAGGGAUCGCCAUCAAUGGCCCUGGACACGCCAGACCGAAAGCGCACGCCGUCUCCCUCGGCCUUGGGAAUAUCAGGCAUAACGGCCGGCUUCCCUGUUCCUGGCGGGAACCUGCCUCGCAUGCGGUCCAAUGAUGGCCUCACCAUGGGCGUGGGAACGGCCGCGGGAAUUGACGCCAAGGCGGUCGCUGCUCUCGAUGCCGAGCUGGAGGCGAGCCUGGAAUGGAUAAACCACCCGGCCGUGUUCGGGCGUGACAGCCGCAAGGCGGUGCUGCAGGCGAUCGGCGUGAUCAGCUCGCAGCGGGCAUAUACAUUCCGGACGCCUAUCGAGAGCUUGUGGGCGACGCGGGUGACGGGUGUGAAGCGGCUGACCGAGAGGAGCCGCGAGUGGCGCGAAGAAGGCAGCGUUGAAGGCGGCAUCAGGGAAGAGGCGUGA